CCUUUUUGGAACCGCGACCCCAAGACAAGUCGCCGCGUUGUAUUCUGGGAACACACAGUAGAUGCAAGAUGGCGGCGAGCAGGAGACUACACAAGGAACUUGAAGAGAUUCGCAAGUCUGGAAUGAAAAACUUCAGAAACAUUCAAGUGGAUGAAUCCAACAUACUGACCUGGCAAGGUCUCAUUGUCCCUGACAACGCUCCUUAUGACAAGGGAGCUUUCAGGAUUGAAUUAAUCUUCCCCGCCGAGUACCCCUUCAAGCCCCCCAAAAUCACGUUCAAGACGAAGAUCUACCACCCCAACAUCGACGAGAAGGGACAGGUGUGUCUGCCUGUCAUUAGCGCAGAGAACUGGAAACCAGCAACCAAAACUGACCAAGUAAUUCAGUCCCUGAUUGCGUUGGUGAACGACCCCCAGCCAGAGCACCCCCUGAGGGCAGACCUAGCAGAAGAAUACUCAAAGGACCGGAAAAAAUUCUUUAAGAACGCAGAGGAGUUUACAAAGAAACAUGGAGAAAAGAGACCAAUGGACUGAUUACCUGACCAGUUUGUAGCCCUCUCUCUCUCUCUCCUCUCCCCAACUGAAAGUCUCUGUUCUCCUCCCUCCUCUCUGUACCUUCCCCCUCUCUCCUCCCCAUCUCCCCACACACACACACAUCAUCCUAGCAGGCCGGGAGCAGCCCUAGCCUCACCUCCGCGUGUGGCUGCAGCCCCACCAUCUUCGCAGGACUCUGGAUCAGACCGGUUUCUCCUCCUUCUGGCGAUCGCUCCAGACCGUUACUAACUUUAUACUAUUUUCUUAAAUUAAAAUAUGAAAAAUGAAAAAGACAAGAAAAAAAAUAAAUGGUUAGAACGUCCAUGUUAAAUAUGGAGAACUAAGGAAGGAAAACCAAUAGAAGGAAAUGGGGGGAGAAAAAUAGGUUUUUAGUUUUGCUGUUCGUAAAAAAAAAAAGAUUUAAAAAAAGUUGGGGGGAAAAACAAGAAAUCACUUGAGUAUUGUAGACCUUUCUCCUAACUUCUGGAAGGAGAUCUUUCUGACAGAAGGAAAAGUUGUGGUUGUCCUUUACUUUCUUUGUUCUGUUCUCUAGUCUCAUCUCGUUCUAUCAACCCCUAAAUGACAUGUCUUACUGAAACAAACAACCUCUCUCUCAUAGCUUGCUAGGCCCUGGAAGUGUGUGCUGAAAUGUCUUCCCUUUUGACUUCUCUGCUUCUGAAGUUGCACUGUAUUCUGUGGAACAAGCCCUCUCUCAGUUGUCCUUCCCCUCAGCUUGAAGCCAGCCCACUGAGCAGACAGACACAAAAAUGGCCGCUGAUAAUACCCUAAUAUUGUAAUGAAUUACAAGUGCAAUUGACUGGAGAUGAUCAUUGUUCACACUCCCCUUCACCAGUCCAACAGGUUUUGAAAGAUGCCCCUCUGCAUUAGAUGCUCUUAGUCUUCAUUCUGGUUUUAUUUUUGUUGCUUUAUAGGCAGAAUUGCCAUUCUGACUAAAAACAUCUCCCUCUGUGUUAUAAUGUGGUUGUAUACCCCCACCCACUGGUUCUACCGUUCCCACCCACUGGUUCUACCGUUCCCACCCACUGGUUCUACCGUUCCCACCCACUGGUUCUACCGUCCCCACCCACUGGUUCUACCGUCCCCACCCACUGGUUCUACCGUUCCCACCCACUGGUUCUACCGUUCCCACCCACUGGUUCUACCGUUCCCACCCACUGGUUCUACCGUUCCACCCACUGGUUCUACCGUUCCCACCCACUGGUUCUACCGUUCCCACCCACUGGUUCUACCGUUCCCACCCACUGGUUCUACCGUCCCCACCCACUGGUUCUACCGUCCCCACCCACUGGUUCUACCGUUCCCACCCACUGGUUCUACCGUUCCCACCCACUGGUUCUACCGUUCCCACCCACUGGUUCUACCGUCCCCACCCACUGGUUCUACCGUCCCCACCCACUGGUUCUACCGUCCCCACCCACUGGUUCUACCGUCCCCACCCACUGGUUCUACCGUUCCCACCCACUGGUUCUACCGUUCCCACCCACUGGUUCUACCGUCCCCACCCACUGGUUCUACCGUUCCCACCCACUGGUUCUACCGUUCUACCGUUCCCACCCACUGGUUCUACCGUUCCCACCCACUGGUUCUACCGUUCCCACCAUGCUGCCUGUCUUGGGUUCUAACUUUUCUCCGAUACACAUUUUAGAUACCAGUUUGCCAUCUGAAGACAGUGGGAAGUAGAAAUAGUAGUGACACCGUACAGUUUGUUUCCUGUAAAAAGCUCUGCAGUGGCCACACAGCAUUUACUGAGAUACAACCUCUGAAGCCAGGGCAUGUAUACUUCCUUUGCAGAGCUGUUGUCAAGGAAGUGAGUUUGUGUUUAUACAGGACCUCCCCCCCCCCCACCUAAUAUCAACCAAUCAUGUCAAUGCGGAGCUAUAAGGAGCCCUCCAUAAUUUGUCCUCUGCGUGGCUCCACAAUUGCAUCACACCCUCCUCCAUACAGCGCCUCCGACUACAUUUUCGAAAUCAAGCAUAAAUUGGCUUUAAGUCUACUCUCCUGUCUGCUCAUGGUCACACGCAAAAUCAGAACCCCCACCUCCUUUCUCUCUCUCUCUCUCUCUCUCUACAUAAAAAUAAUCUUAGCACCGCAAACCAAAUCUCGUGUCAUUGCGAGAGACUUGACAUAAAUAUAUCAAAUCAGUGGCCGAUAUAUCCACUGGAACAAGGGACUUAGUGAACUGUCUGUCGGGCUUGGUGUCGGGGCAAUGCCAGGUGGGAGUCUAAAGACCGGGUGGGGUCCAAAAUGGCACCCUAUUCCUUACAUAGUGCUGUACUUGUAACCAUAACCCUGUGUGUCCUGGUCAUCAGUAGUGCGCUAUAUAUGGAGUAAGAUGCUAUUUCAAACACAGACUGGGUUUGAACAGAGACGCGCAGAGACGGUGGUCCGAUAUAACAGGCGCCUUUAUAUUGAGCUGGGAGAGGGCUGUCUCUAAUUGUCUGUCUGCCAGUUAGGGUGUAAAACAGGACAGGGACUGGAGCAGUGUAACAGCUGUGUGAUUUGGUCCAAUGUUUCAUAAUAAAGAUGGCUAACCAUUUGG